ACUUUCAGAUAAAUUUGCUGUUCAAAUAUCGAUCUAGCGCGACCAUCGAUAGGAGUGAAUUGAAAGUUAUGGCGGACUUUGCGUUGCCGAAGAUCACGGACAACCCGAAUGGGUGGGGACCAUGUGCAGUUCCGGAGAAGUUCAAGGACAUGCCCUACCAGCCAUUCAGCAAGAGCGACCGACUGGGCAAAGUGUCUGACUGGACUCUGAGUGGGAACCAGCUGUACAAUGACAAGAAGUACAACAACAAGUACACCUCCCAGUUCUCCACCAGUGGGGCGGGACAGUAUGCCUACUACCACGAACACGACGACCACUUCCAGAUCGUCGACACCAUCAAGCCCAGCAGGCCAUUCUUCAGAGGAAUCGGACGAGGUAGAUACAAUCCCAUGCAGAGAGGAAGGGGCAGGGGAGCGUCUAUGCCCAACAGGGGGAGUCAGAACCAGGGCAACUCGAACGCCUGGAGGGGCAACAGUGGCAACCAGCAAAGCAGCAGAGGCUGGCAGAGAGGCAAAAUCAGGGGCAACAGGAACCGAAAUUGGAACAAUAAUAACCGCAAUCAAGUUUCUAGGAAAGCUUCGGUGGAUGUUAAACAAGACUGGGACGAGAUUGAUUACUACGAUUUCCCACGUCUGACUAAACUGAAGCUUCCGGAUGUGAACAAACCUGUGGAGCUUGUGACAGCUGGAACACUGGAGUAUUAUGACCAGAAGUUCGACAGAGUGAACACAAAGAGCGAGCGAUACUUGACAGCUAUCAACCGAAGGAUCCCGACUGUCACGACUACAUCGGAUCCAGUGAUCAGAAGACUGGCCGCCAAACAGGGAAACGUGUUCGCCACUGACAUCAUAUUAGCCACGCUUAUGUGUUGCACAAGGUCCGUCUACUCGUGGGAUAUAGUGGCCACAAAGUUGAAAGGGAAGAUAUUUUUGGACAAGCGAGAGGACAGUCUGUCAUUCGACUGUCUGACUGUGAACGAGACAGCUCACGAGCCGCUCUCGACUGAUCCGAAUGAGUUGAAAGUUUACUCGGACGAAAGCACUCAUGUCAAUUACUGUUUUACCCAACAAGUUCUGAAGAAGGAAGGCGAUGCUCAUAAAUUCAAAGAGCCGAAUCCCUUCGAAGACGAGGAUGACGACGAUGAGCCGCAGGAUCCUCUGGCACCUAUCGGGUAUAAGUAUAAAAUGUGGGACCUUGGCAAUGACAUUAAACUUGUAUGCAGAUGCGAGCAUGAUGCUGUUAGUAAGGGUCCCGAUGAUAAGACACACUUCCUGACAAUCAAAGCUUUGAACGAAGUGGAACAUAGAAGCGAAUGGCACCAAAAGCUGGACCAGCAAAGUGGAGCGAUAAUCGCAACUGAGCUGAAAAAUAACAGUUUUAAAAUUGGAAAGUGGUGUCUUCAGGCGUAUCUUUCGGGAUCUGAUUUCAUCAAACUGGGAUUCGUGUCGCGGGUCAACCCACGAGAUUCGAAAACUCACGAGAUCCUGAAAGUGCAGUCGUUCGAGCCAAGUAACUUGGCCACGAGUAUCAAUUUGAACUUCGACAACUGUUGGGGUAUUCUGAGAGCUAUAAUAGAUGCUAUUAAUAGACAGCCAGAGGAGGCGGGCAAGUAUCUGUUGUUAAAGGAUCCGAAUAAGACUACGAUUAGGCUGUACAAGAUCCCCAUGAAUACGUUCUCCGACGACGAGGACGAUUCUGAGGAAGAAACUAUUCCAGAAGAAAACGAAAAAGAGUGAAAAGAGAAAUUGACGGAGUGAAUUAAUUAAUAAUAUUAUGGAGAAAUUAAGUGGUAUGACGAAGUUAAUGCAGGCGUACUUGACAUUGCCUCUUUUUAUCAUUUUUGGAGGUCUUUUUGAUACAAAUUGAAUAUCGGCAAAAGUUUAAGUUCGUCUGCCUACUUAGAUUCAUAUGGAUGGGAGGUAUUUCAGAAGCAAAUGAGCGACCUACUGGCGAACUGAACUGCUAAUAAGAUAUGAAUGCUAUGCUCUCAGUGUAAUUUGAUGGAUGGAUAUAUUUGUAUGCUUUUGCUUUCCAUUUGCGUGCUGGAUUCAGUUGAAUUUUCAAACUUU